AUGCCUGUGCCAGCCUUCUGCGGCUUCCCACCCGUUCACACACCCCUCUUCCGCCCAAGGAAUUUCAACACUUGCGCUGUUCAUCCGGAAUGGUCCAUGUCUAUGUCUCCAGCGAAGCCUCCUUUGAAGCUUGAACUCGACGCCUUUCUUACCGCCGUCCCUGCAUCCCUUUCACCGCCUGUGCCACCAUUGCGUCGUCGACAUAUUCAAACUUCGGAAGAACAACGCGCUGAGGAUGCGUACCGCUCCGCAAAGGCCGUCUACAAACGUGCGAAAGAUGUAUACAAAGGGCGCUCCAUCACAGAAUAUGCAGACCCCAGUCCUGCUCAACAGCAAGAAGCAGAGGCCGUUUAUCGUGCCGCAAAGUUAAAGUACAAAGAAGCGAAAAUGACUCUGAAAACCAUACGGAAAGCUAAAGAGGCUCUUCUGAAGGAGGAAGUGAGAAGCCCGGCACCACCAACUAUAGAUGGUGUAGAAAUGAGAACAGCGAGCGCAAUUGUCGUGGCUGUUUGUGGGGGAAAGACAUGUAAGAGAAUGGGCGCAGAUGCCGUCGCAGACAUAUUACAACGGGAAACUCGCAAGGGAUUCUUGAGGGAUGGGGUUGUUCACGUGGAUGCGCCAUGCAUGAAGAUGUGCGGGGGUGGGGGACCGACAGUUCGUUUUGGGGCUGACACCAUCAAAGUUGAUUUCAAGAAAGCUGUGUCUGAUGCGAUCGAGGGGGGGGAAGGGAUUGUACAGUAACCGCUUGCGUAGCGUAGUAUCGCGAAUGUAAGUUGUAUGUCCCAGUACGAUUAUCUUGAAUAAAAGUCCAUGGUUAUGUAAA